AUGUCAGAGAGUCUGACUGACGGCUCCCGACUGGGUUCCCGACCCCUGCCGACACCUACUGAAAUACCCGAACCUUGGAAAAUCCGACCUACGGAAAUAUCCCGACCCCUCGAAGACGACGAAGAUCCGACCCCUGGGAAAGUCCGCCCCCCAGGCCAAAAGUCCGACCCCGGAAGAUUGCAAGAAUCCGACCCCCCAGGAGGCCGCAAGGAUCCGACCCUCAGGCAAAGUCCGACCCUUGAGCGGAGAUCCGACCUCGGAGGACGACAGAAAUCCGACCCUCUAAUGGAGAUCCGACCCCGGCAAGAGUCCGACCCCAGAAGAAGACGAGGAUCCGAACCCCACCAGGGACCGGACUUUCACAUCCGCACCCCGACCGAGCAUACCUACCUCCGGUAG